ACAUAAACUCGCUCUAAAAAUCACAAAAACGAUGGCUUCUCUCGCGACUUCCAUCGCCGGAAAUGGAAGCUCCAAAUUUCUGGUUUCAACAUGUUCAACGAGAAUUGGGGUUCCUGUAAUCUCCGAUGAAAAUUCGAGAUUCCUCUUCUUUGCUGCUAACAGUCACCGUCCGAUCCUUAGAACGGCGAUCUUGCGCCGAUUGGCGAUAAAUGCUUCGAACCAAGGAGAAACAACGGCUUCACCUUUCGCCUCGGUUGCAUCACCGGGUCUGUACUCAGCUCAGACUUUCGAUUUGACUCCUCAGAAUGUCGAUUUGGUCCUAGAAGAUGUUAGGCCGUUCCUCAUCGCCGACGGUGGGAACGUCGACGUUGUUUCCGUUGAAGAUGGCGUGGUUUCUCUCAAACUCCAAGGAGCUUGUAAUAGCUGUCCGAGUUCUUCAACGACCAUGACGAUGGGAAUAGAAAGGGUACUCAAAGAGAAGUUUGGAGAUGCUUUGAAAGAUAUUCGACAAGUUUUUGAUGAUGAAGUUAAGCAGAUAACUGUGGAGUCAGUGAAUGCUCAUCUCGAUAUACUGAGACCAGCGAUCAAGAACUAUGGCGGAAGUGUGGAAGUUUUAUCAGUCGAAGGCGAGGACUGUGUUGUAAAGUACAUUGGACCAGAAUCUAUUGGAAUGGGAAUACGAGCAGCGAUUAAAGAAAAGUUCAAGGACAUUUCUAAUGUAACCUUUACAAGCUAGAAAGCAUGAAGAAAGCCAAUAUUUUAUACAUAUGUAAAAAAGAAACUAUAGCUCUUUGUUUUGGCUAAUGUCCACUUCAGUCAUAGUCUCCGCAACUGUCUUGAGCCAUCUUGCAAGGUUUAUCAAGAACGGUGUGUAGACAAAGUAGCAAGUUGUUGUCCAAGUGACCAAUCCCUUUUCCAGAAAACAAAAGAAAAAAAAA